CGCGACGGCGCCUCCCCCUCUCACUCACUCACUCACCUCCGUCUGCGCUGUUCCCUCCUCUCCUCGCUCAUCGUGGAGCACUGCACUGGCAAGGACAGUGACAUCUUCUUCUCUCCCAUCCCAUUUCCUUUCCCGCUUUCUCUCCCAUCCCAUUUCCUUUCCCGCUACCAUCUCUCUCCCUCGCCAUCUCGUGCGUGCAGCUGAGCAGUUUAGCAGCGCCAGUGUGCGCGGACACGGCAGUGGCAGUUACUCUGCUUUCUUGGUGUCCAAUUUAAUGCGUUCCUGCAGAACGGAUGGAGUUAGCCCUUUGUUUCUCCAAUGGCAUGAGCUGAGCCAUUCAAUGCCAUCGUUUCCCUCUAUUCUUUAACUGCCUCGUGUAGAGUCACUGUUACUCAUACGUGCUUUCGCACGCCGGUUACAACCACUGCAAGAGACAAGAGAAGGGGAUGGAGUUGUUCUGCUGAGCUCCUUCUACCUGGGCAUUGUUGCAUUCCUGGAUUUUUGUCUUCUCGGUGGAAGAUGAACUACCUCAGGAGCCGGAGCCUGAAGAGGCUCCUGUCCCUCGGCCGCCGGAGCAACGCUGAUGAGUCCGCCAAGGAGUGCGUCGACGUCGAGCAGCCGCCGCCGCCGAACAAGCCCACCUGGAGGUGCUUCUCCUACGAGGAGCUCCACAAGGCAACCAAUGGCUUCCACCAAGGCAACAUGGUGGGGAAGGGCGGGUACGGCGAGGUGUACCGCGGGGUCCUGGAGGACGGGCGCGCCGUCGCGGUGAAACGGCUGGCGCCCACGGCGGUGGCGGACGGGAAGAAGGAGAAGGACUUCCUGACGGAGUUGGGCACUGUGGGGCACGUCCGCCACCCCAACGUGUCCGCGCUCCUGGGCUGCUGCGUCGACCGCGGCCUCCACCUCGUCUUCGAGUUCUCCACCCGCGGCUCCGUCUCCGCCAAUCUCCACGACGAGAAGCUGCCGGUGAUGUCGUGGAAGCGGCGGCACGGGAUCGCGGUCGGCACGGCGCGGGGGCUGCGCUACCUCCACAAGGGCUGCGCGCGCCGGAUAAUCCACCGGGACAUCAAGGCGUCCAACAUCCUCCUCGCCGCGGACUACGAGCCUCAGAUUUCGGACUUCGGCCUCGCCCGGUGGUUGCCGUCGGAGUGGACGCACCAUGCCAUCGCGCCCAUCGAGGGCACGUUCGGGUGCCUGGCCCCGGAGUACUUCACGCACGGCAUCGUGGACGAGAAGACGGACGUGUUCGCCUUCGGCGUCUUCCUCCUCGAGCUCAUCUCCGGGAGGAAGCCGGUGGACGGCUCCCACAGGAGCCUCAUUGCGUGGGCCAAGCCUUACCUGACCGACGGCGUCGUGCAAGGGCUGGUGGACCCGCGGCUCGGCGACGGCUACGACGCCGGGCAGCUGAGGCGGCUCAUGUUCGUCGCGUCGCUGUGCGUCAGGGCCGCCGCGGCGUGGCGGCCGACCAUGACACAGGUACUGGAGCUAUUGGAGGCCGGUGACAUUUCUCAAGAUCAAUGGCAGAUGCCCGAGAAGGAGGAGGAAGAUGAGUUUUGGAAUUUCGACGAUCUCGACGACUUCGAGGACGACGACGAUGACAACUACGACGAUGAAUCGGAUUCCCCCUCGAUAUCCUCGUCGGCGUGCAGCAUCCACGCCAAUGACUAGCCCCAAAAUAUUUGCAUCUGUCAGUAGAUUAAGCGGAUAUGAUCCAUGAGAUUAUAUUAGUGUACAUACACCACCUAGACAGUAGUAAACUGAAAACCAGAAAAAGGAAAAAAAAAGGAUAUAGGCCAUGGUUUUCAAUUUCAUGCCUCCAUUCCAGCAAGAAUCUUCCCCAUAAGCCCCUCUUAACUCCGGCAUCUGAUCUGAUCACCAUCUGACAGUGAUAGAUGCAUGGUUUCUGCCUAAAUUAUUUGACAGUUUGGUAUGCUGACUCUUUAAA